AUGCAAAUUCCGAGUCAACAAGCGGAGGGAACACUGAGAUCAUCUCUCAGGGGUGUUCUCCCAGUUUCAACUCGAAUCAUCUUCAAUGAUGAUCAUGACUUUCAUGAGAGUGUUCGUCCGCGGAAUCUUAACUAUCCUUAUCGGCCAUUUGCAGUUAUCUACCCCGAAGAAGCCGAGGGCGUAUCUGCGAUUGUGAGAUGGGCCUCUAAACACGGAGUCGCUCUACAGGCCAGGAGUGGCGGCCAUGACUAUAUAAACAAAGGGAUCGGGGCUGCGGAUGGUGCGAUCGUGGUAGAUAUGACAGCAUUUCAACAGCUAUCCGUUGAUGAGGCCGGAAUAGCGACAGUCGGACCAGGACUACAACUUCGUGUCCUGGUGCAGGGUCUUCACGAUAAUGGAAGACGAUGUCUGCCUCAUGGUUCUUGUCCCAGUGUAGGGGUUGGUGGUCAUGCCACCGUUGGCGGACUGGGUGCUCUGGGACGUGUCCACGGAGUCAUGCUCGAUGCCAUGGUCCAAGCACAGGUUGUUCUCGCUAGCGGUGAAAUCGUUUCUGCGUCCCAAAAUGCUCAUUUGGACCUGUUCUGGGCCGUACGGGGUGCUGCAGCGAGUUUUGGUAUCGUCACUGAAUUCAGGUUCCAGACAAUACCUGAGCCACAGUCAAUCCUUCCGUUCUCUUACAUGACCAAAUCUGGGAAUACAUAUCAGCUCGAAACUUUCAAAGCAUUUCAUAGCUUCAUUCAGGAUCCACAUCUCCACCCGAAACUCAGCAUCCGUGCAAUGAUCGCCAAGAGCAACUUGAUGAUCGGAGGAAUCUUCAUGGGUCCAGAAGCUGAGUUUUCAGCUCUUCAAAUCCAGGACUGGAUCCCGAACCUUGAUUCUCACACUGUGGGUCCAUCAAAGACGUGGAUAGAAUACAUGUCGGAGGUAUUCGACUCCUUUGGCGAGGGUGGAUUCAAUGACCAGCCCUCCUAUUUUCACUCCGAAGAUGUCGUCAUUCCAUACUGCAAGAUUCCGUCAGCGGUUGACCUGAAUGCUCUUUUCGAUCACCUCUCGACUGCCGAUGCUGGAACGGAUCGGUGGAUGGCCCUCGUUGAUGUGCAAGGUGGAGUCGCCAACUCUGUGCCUGUAGGUGCGACAGCGUACCCACAUCGGGACACCUUGUACUUUUUCUCAACAUUCAUUCAAACUCCUUCCCCAACACCCAAGGCUGCCUAUGAGUUCAGCCGGAACGCCACUCGGCUCUUACAAGGGGGAGAUGGGGGGCCAGACAAGUAUCUCUCAUACGCGGGCACUCCUGUAUUUGGAAUUCACCCUCGACAAUAUUACGGGGAGGAAAACCACGCAAGGUUACAGCUGAUAAAAACAUCAGUCGAUCCCCUGGAUGUCUUUUCGACACCUACUGGCAUCAAACCUUUGAAUGCGUUGAAUAAUUUGCGUAUUGAGUUAGAGCUUUCCGCUUCCUAA